AUGGCUGAGAAAGUUAACGUUGACACAGGAAGAAUGCUCAAGUCUAUCGAACCAAUCACCAAAAACAGAAAGACUUGUAUGCUUACAGAAAACAAUGGCCAUGUUGUAUCUGAAGCCACUAACAGCAAUCCUGCUGCAAGGGAGGAUGCAGUUGUCAAGGUGUUCUGUGCUCAUUCUGCACCAAAUUAUUCACUCCCAUGGCAACGAGUGCAACAACAUGCCUCAACUAGUAGUGGGUUUAUAAUAAGCGGGCGAAAGGUACUGACAAAUGUUCACUCUGUGGAGCAUUAUACUCAGGUGAAGCUCAAAAAGCGUGGGUCUGACGUCAAGUACUUGGCCAAAGUGUUGGCUAUCGGGAACGAGUGUGAUAUAGCUAUGCUGACAGUAGAAGAUGAUGAGUUCUGGGAAGGUGUCUCGCCAAUAGAAUUUGGGCCGUUGCCUGCUCUUCAAGAUGCAGUCACUGUUGUUGGCUACCCGAUUGGAGGAGAUACAAUUUCUGUCACAAGUGGUGUUGUUUCGCGCAUAGAGAUCUUCCCCUAUAAACAAGGUUCCACUGAGUUACUGGGAUUACAGAUUGAUGCAGCUAUAAACUCAGGAAACUCCGGAGGCCCUACGUUCAGUGAUACGGGCAAGUGUGUGGGAGUCGCAUUUCAGACCAGUAAAGGCGAGGAUGUAGAGAAUAUGGGUUAUGUUAUUCCAACUGCCGUUGUUAUGCACUUCAUCGAAGAUUAUGAGAAGAAAGAGGAAUACACAGGAGAUUUUACUAAAAACCUCUAUAAUGAAGCUCCUUCAUAUUACAUUGUUGUUGGCUUUGUCUUUACAGUUGUAUCCCUUCCAUUUCUCCAUUCCGAGGUGAAAAAUAUCCAACCUAACGUAGUUAUGAAACUGUUGGGCAAGUGCUUAAAUGGGAUGUCACAAUCAGAAGACGAACAGCUUGUUGUGAUCUCCCAGGUGCUUGCGGCGGACAUUAAUAUUGGGUACGAGGGGAUCAACCACACUCAGGUUCUUGCUUUCAAUGGUAAUCCCGUCAGCAACCUUAAGAGUUUAGCCAGUAUGGUGGAGAACUGUGAUGAUGAAUUUUUGAAGUUUGAGCUAGAUUACAACAAGGUAGUUGUUCUACAAACUAAGACCGCGAAGAAAGCAAGUGAAGAUAUUUUAACUCUGCUUAGUAGUUCUUACUUAAUUUUUUUAUUUAAUUUUUUACUUACUCACUUCUCUGCGGUUGAUAUUGUGAGACUGAAGGUGGUCUCAAACAAAGAGAGUAUCUUUUGCGGUCUCAUGGGUUAA